CUGCUGCUGCCAGAGACACCACCUCAACUUUACCACCUCAACUUCACUACUGGAACUCCGUCUUGCCAGGCACAUCAAUGCCAAAAGCUCUCAGUGAACUCGUCCAACCUGACUCAGUUGAGCCACCCAAGAACUUUGUCGGUUACAACCAGCACGGUGUCGAGGACAGAACUCUCUCCGUCUACACCCAAGACGACGAUACGCACCUCAAAGACCCAACCCAAAGAAUUUUCUUCUUGGAGAUGGAAAUAAAACCUGGCACAACCAUGAAAUAUAGCUUGGGUAGAAAUAUAGCAGGGGAAACUUUCCUGCCCCGCAAAACUGCAGAAUCGAUCCCCUUCUCAUCCGCCAAACUGCCAGAGAUUCUCAACAAAUUUUCUAUGAAGCCGGGGUCUGUGGAAGCCGCUGUAAUUCAGGAAACCAUUCAAGAUUGUGAAAGUGAAGUCCUUAGAGGAGAAGACAGAUACUGCGCCACCUCCUUGGAGUCGAUGGUUGAUUUUGCCAUGUCCAAGCUGGGAAGAAACGUUCGAGCAAUCUCGACAGAGGUCGAAAAGGGAGCCACCCUGCAGAACUACACAGUAAAGCCAGGCGUGAAGAACGUGAACGAAGGUGGCAAUUUCGUUUUGUGUCACAAGCUGACCUACGCGUAUGCUGUCUUCUUUUGCCACACCUUUGGACAAACUAGGGCUUAUGCGGUGCCUCUGCAAGGUGCUGACGGAACUACCGCUAACGCAGUAGCAAUCUGCCACCUGGACACAUCUGCAUGGAACCCCCAGAAUCAUCCCUUACAAGAGGUCAAAGUUAAGCCAGGAACCGUCCCGGUCUGCCAUUAUCUUCCCCAAGGUCAUAUUGCUUGGGUUCCAAACUAG